AUGGCUCAGCCACCACCAGUGAACCCACUAGCAAAGACGAAACACCCAGACCCUAUCUCUCACUUGGAUGCUACAAAGAAAUUUGAAAAAUUGAUGAUAGACAAGAGAGAGAUUGAAGGACUGCCAGCUACUGUUCUUGGAUUAGCUGCACAAACCAUUGUGUCUAAGGGUCAGUCCAUUUGGACAAUAACCACUGAGGUACUCAAAAGCUUGGUGCUACUUGAGUUGGCUAGGAACCGGAACAAAAUCCCGUUGCCAAAGUCAAUAGCUGGGCCUGCGGUCCCACUUCCUCCUGAGCAGGAUACUUUGAUCAACCCGAACUACCAGCUUGCAAUUCUUAAGAAGCAUACUAGCCAACCUGUAGAAGAAAUAGAGGAUGAAGAAGGUGUUGAUCCUAGUCCAAACCCUUCCCAAGAACAGAAGACAGAUAUGCCGCAAAAUACUCCUCAACGAGUAUCCUUUCCUCUUGUAGCUGAACAUUCAAGAUGA